AUGAACAAAAUCAAGCAAAUCAACCAGAUAAACCAGAAAGAACUAGCAUCAAACGCAACCACGUAUAAAUCAUCAUGGCAUUACGACUACCGCGAUACAAAUUACAUCUAUAUCGGCAAUAUCCCAUUCGCGAUGCAAGCGCAUCAGAUCAUAGCUAUAUUUAGCCAGUAUGGGGUACCAACGCACUUGAAUCUUGUGCGGGAUAGAGACACGGGUAAGCAUCGGGGAUUUGCAUUUUUGAAGUAUGCUAAUUUCAAAAGCUGCAUCUUGGCGAUUGACAAUUUCAAUGGCAUUAAACUUGGUGCUGAUGGUGACGAGCUUGGCCAAAAGAAUGGAGAAAAUGGAGGAAAUGGGGCCAGUGGGGUAGGUUCGAGAAUGUUGAGUGUGGAUCAUACGUAUUACAAGUUGCACUAUGGUGAAAAGGAAGACGAUUUCUUGAUUGAUUAUCAAGCCGUGGAGCGGGAAAUGAGGGGCAGUAAGGACGUGGCUGAACCUGCUGCGUUGAUUGAAAAUGAGACGGUCAAGUUAAUCGAGGAUAAGAAAGAGGAGCCACCGAAGGAGGAGAAAGAACAUGACAAUGAGGACGACGAAUUUGCGGAUCCUAUGGCGCUGUUCAUCAACAACAAGAACGAUCGACAUGGCAAGCACAAGUCGUCGCAUCGCAAACAAAGGUCGUCGCAUCGCAGCUCAAAACAUAAACCACGCAACAGCGAGCUGCGGACCCCGUCUAGAGGCAGAAGCGAAACUUCCGAGUCGUCGCACCAGGCCGAGUUGCAGACUCCAUCUCGAGAAUCUUGGAAAAGAGGAAGGUCUAGCUCUCGUGUGGGCAAUGAAUCGCGAACGCCGUCUAGAGAUGCAAAGAGGGAAAGGCUAGCUUCAUCAAGUUGA